AUGGCAGCGUCGACCGUUGUUUUCGCCUCAUCUCACCGCUACAAAUCACCUAGCGCUGGCAGCAAUAUCAGCCUGUUAACGUUAUACCUGCUUUUCACCUUCGCAAUAAUUACUUCCGCCAUGUCAAUUUCCAGCACAGAUGACGCCUCGGCUGUGCCAGAUUCCGAAGAGACAUUUGUCUUAUUUUUAAAUGAGAGUACUUUAUAUGAUGAAAAAAUAUACUCAGUCGCUCCGCUAACUUAUGCGGCCGGAAAACACCAAAACUCAGUUGCCAUCUCCACCUUUGAAAUUCGAGGAAACAUCAAUUUGGUACGCAGUACUGCGGAUAACAUUAGCGACUCUGAUAUGGCUUUCAUCAGCUGUGACACAGAAAAUGAGCAAAAAGCUGCGGGAGACUUACUUGUCUUCGCUGCCGAUAAAAAGCCGCAAGCCAUUGUGCUAUACAGCAAAGAUAAAGAGACCUGUACCUAUACUAAUGAUAAUGGCUACCAGUCAGUAUAUUCGAUGAUCUCUAAAAGAGAUAGCCUUGAACUAGUAACAAUUUUCAAUUCAGAUUCCGCUCUUCUACAGGCGAUGAUAAGCUCCAACACUUCAGAACCAUCAGAUGCUACAAAAGAUAACGUCAGUACUCAAGGGGGUCCUGCACCUACCACAGCGGUAGCUAUGAGUAUCUUGUACAGCAUCACUGGUAUAAUUACUCUAUUAUUCCUGAUUAUAAUCGCUACAGGAGCCAUCCGUGCACAUAGACAUCCUGAGAGAUAUGGUCUGAGAAAUACUGGAAUGCCAGGUCAAAGCCGAGCAAAAGGAUUAGCUCGGGCUAUUUUAGAUACGAUACCUAUUGUCAAGUAUGGCGGCACAACAACAGAUAAAAUGGAGACUGAGCUUGAGGCUGGGAAUCGCGAUGUAAAAGAUUUUAAUGUAACUAAUGAAAACGCGAUGGAAAAACCCGAAAUCCUCGUGCCAACGUCUAAAGCUCUCGAGCAGGGCAAUUAUCCCAUCAAAGCAGAAAAUUUGGGUUGUUCUAUUUGCACGGAAGACUUUUUGAUCGGAGAAGAUUUGAGAGUUUUACCGUGUCACCAUCAGUAUCACCCUGCAUGUAUCGAUCCUUGGUUACUUAACGUCUCCGGCACUUGUCCAUUAUGUCGAUACGAUCUUCGUCCAAAUACUACCUUGGCUAGCUCAGAGGGGGCCUCCGAAGGCUAUGAACUCCCACCGCCAUUGUCAGCUAUCGAGAAUAAUAGUCACUCAUCUGACUAUGACGUAGCAAAUCGUCAUCGUUACCCUCUCGCACGAUUCCUCGACCGCAACCGUCUACGCCAUGCUCCACCUGAUGAGCGAAUAGCUGCUUUACGCCAGCUUCGUCAUCAUUCACGGGCUGAAGCUGGCCAGUCCACCACUGAAGACGCCGAGGAAAGAAUCCGCAGUGUGUCAUUGGCUCAGAGACUCAAGGAUGCUUUCCGAAUAACGACAAGGACGCAGUCAGUCGCAACUCUACCCUCUACUUGA